AAAUUGUACUAUCUUUAAAUCACCAAAAGCUAAUAAACGGGUUCAAUCAGAAAUAUUGAAUUAUUAACGGUAAGAAAUAUGGCGGGUGGAAGAGGAGGACCAUCAUUCGAGUCUACACCAUCAUGGGUUAUUGGAAGCGUGGUGUUUAUUAUCGUUGCCAUUUCUUGGGCCAUUGAUAAACUUCUCAUGUACCUUGGUCAGAGGUUGAAAAGGAAAGAAAAGAAACAUCUUUAUGAGGCCUUGCAGCAGAUCAAAGAAGAGCUGAUGCUAUUGGGGUUCGUAUCACUGUUACUCGCUGUUUUCCAAGAUAAUAUUGCAAAAACCUGCAUACCAGAAAAGUUAGCCAAGAAAUGGAUCCCUUGUGAUUAUGAUUAUGAUGAUGAGUCAACCAGUAAAGCUACCACCCAUUUCCAGACCUCUCUCCUUUCCGCUGGAGGAGGUCGUCUUUUAGCUGAGGAAAAUACCAUUUCCACGUGCCCAGAGGGAAAGACUUUUCUUGUAUCUGUUGGGGUACUUCAUGAACUCCAUUACCUUAUCUUUAUAUUAGCAAUUGUGCAUGUGGUAAGCUGUACAAUCACAUUUCUCCUCGGAAGACUGAAGAUAAGUCAGUGGCGGAAAUGGGAGGAAUCUAUUAGAAAGCGGAUUGAUGUCAUCGGUGACAAGGAUAGAUUCAUUGAUAUCCGAAGCCUGACAUUUAUUAAGGAGCGGUUUGAAGGUGUUGAUGCUAACAAAAGAAACUAUGCUAUUUCAUUCUUGAAGCACCUAGCUGGAAUAGUAACAAAAGCAGAUUAUACAGCAAUGAGAUUGGGCUUCAUUUUGACACAUUGCAAUGCAAAUCAAAAAUUUAACUUUCACAAAUACAUGGUGUAUGCUUAUGAAGCUGAUUUUGAGGAAGUUGUUUCAACUAGUUGGUUCCUUUGGAUAUUUGUUGUUAUUUCGUUGACACUAAAUGUGGCAGGUUGGAACAUAUAUUUUUGGUUAUCAUUCUUCCCCCUGAUUCUCUUACUAGUGGUCGGAACCAAACUGGAACAAGUUAUCACAGAGUUGGCAAUCUAUGUGGCUCAAAGACAUAGCGUGCUUGUUGGUUCUAUAAGUAUCCAUCUUUCAGAUGAACACUUUUGGCUCAGCCAACCUAGAUUUCUCCUGUCCUUGAUCCAUGUCAUUUUAUUUGUAAACUCAUUUGGGUUUGCAAUUUGUUUCUGGAUGCUGAUUAAAUUCGGUAUUAACUCGUGUGUCAUGGGUGAAGCUAAAUAUGUCUAUGCAAGAAUACUUAUAAUGGUGGUCGUUCAAACCAUUUGCAGUUAUAGCACUCUACCACUCUAUGCAAUUGUAACACAGAUGGGAAGUUCCUUCAAUGAGGAGGCGAUGGAAAGGCAUGUCUCUGGUUCUAGCUAUCAUCUUACAGAAGACAAGACUCCUGGAGAUUCUACAACAGCAGCAUCUAUUCAGAUGGCAAAUCCACGGGAAAGUCAAGAAAUUUUUUUAAGCGCAGAAUUAGAUCUUAUCACUACUAAUAAUUGAUCAAAACAGUAAUCUAGAAAAAGUUCUCAAUGUAGAAUAGAGGCAGUAAAAGUUCAUGAUUUCUUGUCAAAAACUAAAAAUAAAUUAGUUCAUGAUUAUGUUAUCUCAAUAUUAUUCGAAUAUUCGAUAGGUUCAAAUAUUAGAAGUAAUGUAAUUAUGGACUUGUUUUACUCCUUGGAUUGGCCUUCCAAAUUGUAUGAUGGAAAUUCUCAAUGUAAGUGUAUCAGUAAAGCUAACAU